AUGCCAAAAAGGACCGAAGCUUUGCCGUCAGAACUUCUCGUGAGCCCUGCCGGCCCUGCCGUGGAUCUUCACAAGCCUUCCAGUCUUGGCAGGUUUGGUUGGGAUUGUCAUGGGCUUCCUGUGGAGUACGAGAUCGAUAAGAAGCUGAACAUCAAGGGUCACCACGAUGUGAUGAAGAUUGGCAUCGACAAGUACAACGAGGAAUGCCGAGGAAUUGUCCAAAGAUUUACCACAGAAUGGAGGCGAAUCAUUGAACGAGUCGGGCGGUGGAUUGAUUUUGACAACGACUACAAGACCAUGGACAGAAGCUUUAUGGAGAGGUGCCCUACAUGUCAAUGCCAAUAUCAGACAGUUGUCUUUGCACUUUUUUCUGUCUAA